GGGAACCGUCGCAAGCGUGAUGGAUCUUGAAAUGGCGUGGAAUGGUCUUGAGACAGGUGUCGUCCUCCUCAUUGGCUGCAGACUGUAUCCCCAGAACAUGUUCUCUAGUCCAGCGCUUCAGUUCACGUGAGACAUCAUAGGACAACAAUGGAUGAAGAAACUUGCAAGGAGCAAAUAGUACUGAUCAACCUUUUUGACGAUGGUUGUCAUAAAAGUAAUAGCCUCAACAGAGACAAAGCUUUACAGCACAUCAGGAGUAUUAAUGAAAAACACUAUGGCACCAACAUACCAUUCAUCUACUUCAUGUGCGACCAGGAUCCUAUAUAUAAGGAAAGUAAUUCAGAUACACUUUUUGAUAUACCAGAAACUUACCUUGAUAGCUUUAAAAAUGGAUAUAAGAUUGUAAAGGACACAAAUUUGGCCGGUAUACUGUAUACUAUCAAACAAGAAAUAGAUGAACUGGACAAAAGCACUGCACUAAUUAUUCUGCCCCAGCAGAGGAAGCUAGAAAUGGAUGUAUACGUAGAACAGCUUUUUACUGCUGUGUAUAAAUUCAGACUGGAGUGUUAUAAUGUACAUCACCAGCUAUGUGGCACAGAACCAGACAAGAAUGAAUUGCCUGAUGAGGACCCCAAAGAACUUGCAAGAAGAAACAUCGUGUCAUACCUACAAAGCCUCCCAAGUCUAAAUGGGGUGCUGACCGUCCUUAAAUCACAGAGAAUACCAGAGGAUAUCUUUCUUCAUGGGUUUACUACACGAUGUGGUGGCAUUUCUUCUAUAAGGACCCUCAGCUCCUUAAAUAUGUUCAGCAGUUCAAAAAGAAGAGAUCCAAAGGCGGUUGUUGCAGAAAACCUCCGCCGUCUUGGAAAGGCUGCAGGAUUUGAUCCUCACACAUAUAAGCCUGUGAAGGUUGACCAUGCUGAUAAGGUUUGGAUUGUGGGAAAGCCGGAGCCGCCCUCCUAUGAUGGCAUAGUAACCAAUCAGAAAGCUGUGACCAUAGCCGCUCCUGGUGCAGACUGUAUACCAAUCCUGCUCUGUGAUCCAGUUAAAAAGGCAUGCGGAGCAGCCCAUUCUGGUUGGAAAGGCGCCCUGCUAGGAGUCUCGAUGGCCACAGUAAACGCCAUGAUAUCAGAGUACGGGAGUGAUGUGAAGGACAUACUAGUAGUCCUGGGCCCAUCAGUAGGACCCUGCUGCUUUAAAUUAAUACAGGAGAAAGCCAAAGCCUUUUAUGACAUUGACCCACAGUGUGUCCGUCAAUAUGAGUCUCCUAAACCUUAUGUUGAUAUCAGAAGAGCUACACGGAUCCUCCUGGAACGUGGGGGUAUUUUGCCACAGAAUAUCCAAGAUGAUACCAUAGAAGACCAGAGUGAAAAUAUCACACUCUGCACCUCCUGCCACCCUGACAAGUUUUUUUCUUAUGGCCGGGAUGGGGAUAACUUUGGCACACAAAUCUGUUUCAUAUCUAUCAAGUAACAAGUUUCAUAAAGAACAUAAUGACUGUCUUAAGGAUUUAGAAAGAAUAUAGACACGCUAACCAUACAUUCAUUAUAAGCUGAGUGCUACCGACUUUCCGUUAUCAAGUCGUGUUCAUCUGUAAGCAUACUUAUAUUGUGCUGCUGUCUUACAUUAUCUGUAUUGAAACCAACCAGUUACAGAAUAUUUACUUGAAUUCCCCACUUUCUUCCACUCAAAUCACCUCCUCAAGUUGAGUGAGUGAUAAAUUUGGCGCAUCUUAAGUUAGCACUUUCUUAUUAAAAGAGAUUCUGUCACCAUGAAAUGCAGUGCAGUCUGCAGGCAGCGUGUUAUAGAGCAGGAGAAGCUGAGCAGAUUGAUAUAUAGUUUUAUGGGGAAAGAGUCAGGGAAACUUGUAAUUUUAUACAUUUAUAUGUCUGCGAUUGCAGAUCUCAGUUGUACAUGGGGCAAGUGUUAAGAGUGACUGAUUCACUGUAUUCUCUGUAAGUGUAUAUACAGAGAUAACUGUCAGUCAGUUGUACAUGGAGGCGGACUUAAGUUUGGAAAUAGCAGAGUUAUAAAUGUAAAAAUUGCACGUUUUAUGGAGUCUUUUCCCACAAAACUAUAUAUCGAUCUGCUCAGGUCUUCCUGCUCUAUAGCAUGCUGCAUUUUCUGGUGACAGGUUCUUUUUAAGACUGUUGCAGGAAACGGUAAUAAAUUAAAAUUAAAGGUGUUUUCUGGGAGUAAACUAUUGAUGACCUAAGCUGUAUUUAUUUUUUAUAUCUUUUAUUAUUAUUUUUUUUAUCUGUAAGCAAUGACAUACAGAAUUUUAAAAUUUCAACUGUAUGGAAACUGAAUGCUCAUAAACUGAUGAUUGAGAGGCAUUAGUAGCAUGAUGCGGGCCGCAGCAGCAGCAGCAAUACAGAACGUGAUAAUAGGCAGACAGACAGCAACAGUGGCAAGAUGGGGCACCGCAGGCAAGGCAAGGUAGGUGAUGUCUAUAAUCGGAAUCAGCAGGAAGAGUGUGAAAAUCCUCCUGAAUCCAGGCUUGGUUCAUUUAGACAAAAGUGAUGUUUUGGACACUGGUGGAGGAUAACUUGGUCCGUUUGGGUGUCACCACGCCCUCUGCGGCGCUCGAAACCCUUUUCGAGAUGACACCGAAGGCAGGGCAAGAAAGAAGAUAGAGAGCGUGCUGUACCAGUUUGGACCACUGUUCCAGUCUGCCUGCCCAGAAAUCCAUGGGUGUUGAAAGAGGAGCUGUCGGCUUGCUGACUGGCCUCAGCCAGGCGUGGCAUGUGGAAAAACUGCUCCAUCAUGUUAAGGAGACUGAAAUGAUGGCUGCUGCUGCUACUACUGCUGCUGCAGCUUCUGCUGCUCAUCGCAGCAGAAGGGGUAAUGCGAAGGAGCCCCUCCCUUUCAGACACGCUGGUGACAGACAUAUGCCCACCGUAAGCUGCGGCAAGCUGCAUUCACAGUGUUUCCUGGUAGUAACUUAUUUGUCCUCCCUUGCUACCAGGGGAAAACAUACUCCCAUUUUGCCUUGGUAGCGAAGGUCUAAAAGCAUGGCUAUCCAAUAAUCAUCAGACUGCUUGAUGUCAAAAAUACGCAGUGCGUAAGCAAGCCUUUCUGUCUUCGCCCCCCCACUGAGAUGAUUGGGUGCCUUGGCCGGUGCUAUCCUCAUCAUCGUCCUCUUGCUCCUCUAACGUCUCCUCCUCUUACAGUGGCAGCUCCUCUUCCUCAUCUUCCUCAUCCUGAUCUUCAUCAUUCUCAUCUUCCAUGGCAGAUUUCCUUUGUGUUCCCCCAACAGCUAUAGGCAGGAUAUCAAGAUGCGUCAGCUGCUCUUCUUCUGCCAUGGUGCCCUGCUGCAUGAGCGUCAGUGUCUGUUCUAAGAUAAAUAUGAGAGAGAUGACGUUGUUCAUGCCGCAGUUUUCCCUGCUGAAAACUUUGUAGCCUCUUAGAAGGGCUUCAGCACCCGACAGGUGUCUCAGAGGAGCCUGGCCUCGAAGAAACACAUGCUCCUUGCAGCUAAAGGUGUCUGGUGCAUGACAAACUCAUUCACUGCUUUCUGCUGCUUGUACAGACGCUCGAACCCUACAGUGCGGAUGCACGUCUAUCCAAAUGAGCAUGCAUUCCUCUUUAUCUCUCACCUUAGCGGCACUAGCUUGAAAAAGGCCUUGAGUGGCUGAAACAUCACUAAACCGCCACAGAUAAGAAAUAAAACAUACAAUUCUCGUGAAUUUUUUCCUGGAGAUUCUUUAUUUUUCUUUUACAGACGCUUGAGCAUGUACGACGUUGAAUUCCAGCAAGUUGGCACGUCAUGGAUUAAGUUGUGUAACAGCAGCCCGUUCUGUCACUGCAGGUCCAGGAGAGCGUUCCUCACCACGAAAGAGUGGCUGAAGUGCCAGCAAAUUGCGCAAGCCAUUGUACCUAUUUAGAAAGCGCUGCACCACUAGGUUGAUGACGUGCACCAUGCAGGGAGUAUGUAUUAUUUGGCCCAGCUUCAGGGCGGCCAACGUUCCUGAACACCUUGCCCAGUUGGAGUUGGCAGGGUGACAGCCAGCGGGAUGUUUGCUUUUCUAUGUACUUAAGCAACUGCUCGCCAGUGUGGCUACUCUCUCCCAGGCCGAUCAGCUCCAACACAGCGUGGCAACGUUUGACCUGACAAUGUCAUAGGUGGGAGGAGUAGUGUCAGCAACCCUGUGCCCAGCAGCUGUUGAGGAUUGGAAUGUGUCCAGAGAGGAGGAGCAGGAUAAGUGGUGCGGGAGCCAGGCUGACAAAACCGUAAGAGCUUCUACAGAUGUCUACCAUGGCAUGAAGCUUGCCAGAAGGGGUUCCCCACAUUGUCAGCCAUGUGAAAAUACAAGGCAGGCAUGGCUUUUUCGGAGAAAUAAUGCCCCUAGGAAUCUUCCAACGAGGCUAAGCGCACGCCAUUAGCUCCAUUGGAGUAGACUCAAUUAAAUGGUACAGCAGAAACUUCACCAGCAGCAAGUGGAGGGAAUUAAGCUUGCGCACCAUCGGAUUGCUAGGUGCAUAGAGUUGGUUGGUGAUGAAGCAGAGGAGGAAUCAUCUGAGCAGGAGAAGCAGAAAGGGGUGAUGACGAUUUGAAAGAUACUGUACUACUUGUGGAUGCGGCCUUACUGCCACAAGCUGGAGCGGGAGAAGGAGGGAACUCCUGCUGAGGUGGCUGACUGCCACCUCUGUUUGCUGGUGGUUUAAUAGAGCUUGGGUGCCUACUUUUUUUUUUUGCCUGCCCACAUUUUUUUUUUGUCUUACACAGCUUGCACUAGAGAAUGCUUUUGUCUUUCGGUAGUGUGGAGAAAAAAAAUGCCAGAUGGGAGAUACUUUCACAGGGGUAGAGGCUACCAAGCUAAGCUCUGGCUUGUUUUGGGCCCAACCUACCCACUGUGUCAGAUCUCAGAAGCAGAUAUGGCCAUGGCUGUUCUUUGGGAGGUACGUGGCCUCUGCUAUUAAUUGCUGCCGCCAUCACCCUCCUCCUCUGAUGUUGCCUCCACCUCAGCACCCUGAUCCGGUUUCCAGGCCCUGUCCAAGCACAUAAUCGUCAUCACCCUCCCUUUCACUUCGAUCAGACUGUGGGAUAUCAUGGUGGGUUAUUUGGCACCCCUCCCCUGCUCUUACCUGAAUGCCACUGUCGCUGGCUAAGGGCCCACUACUACCACCACCAACAACAUGUCUAUGUCUGGGGUCUGCACCUCUUCCUCAGGGAAGUACAAAUGCUCACUGCUCUCACACAUGUCAUCAACAGAGACUCUUUUGACUAUCUGCCGUAGGGUGUGGUGGGGUUUUCUUGCCACUUCUUAGGAAAAAGGAAGGUGCUCCUCUAGGAAGGGGCAGUGAAGACUGAGAUGGCUCCACUGAAAGCCAUCUUUGGGGCUGCAAGGAAGAGGAGCAGGAGGAAUGCUGGACUCUGAAUUCACUUCCACGUUAUCUUGCUGCGACUGAGAGGAGGAGUGAGCCAUCCAAUCCACAAUCUCAUCCUUUCUCCUCAUGUUGCUUCUCAUCUGAUGUUGCACCUUUCUGAAGCCAGCAGGGGCAACUGGGGCCUACUACCACUACUGCCACUACUUCUGGCUGGAUAGAUGGUGCUGCUACUAACCACAUUCUGGCUCUGGGCCUUUCGUUUGAAAGCCUACUUUGAUUGGAAACGUGUUUAUGAACACAUAAAUAAAGGGAAACUGAUUUAUACCUAAAUUUGUUAUCCCUCACAGGUACUUUUGUGUGCUGGCCUGUGUGUUGAUCACCUAUAUGCUAGUUUCAUUAAAUUGAGCAAGUUGCAAAAAACAUUUAAAUUCCAACUGUGUGGAAAUAGAAUUAGGGUCCAUUCACAUGUCCGUAGUUGUGGACAAGAAUAGGACAUGUUCUAUUUUUUUUCUGAGCCGCGGCCCGGAAGUUUGGAGGUGAAGCCCAGAACUUCAGGGCAGCGAUCCAGAAAUGUGGAUGUGGAGAGCACAUAGUGUGCUCUUCGCAUCUCUUCCGGCCCCAUAGAGAAUGAAUGGGUCCGCACCUGUUCCCGAAAUUACAGAACGAAUGGGACCCAUUUGCGGAUGUGUGAAUGGACCCUCAAUGGAUUACUCUGAAACGAACCCGGAAAGAUUCUUGUUUGUUUGUCGUCUGGAAAAUUGCAAAUUUCGGACCGAACUUGGUUUGGUCCGAACUGGUAUGCUCAUCCUUAGUAAGAAUGGAUAAUUAACACACAACUGACUUAAACAUAAUUUUUACUGUAGAAAAAAGGCAUGUUUAUCAGGGCCGGAAGAACAAAUUUUGCACACAUUUAAAAUGUCUUUAGAAAAAUGUUCAUGCCAAAUCUCUGCUGUCUCACUGUGAUGAAAUAACAUAAAACAUUUUGAAAGCCUAUUAUGAUAUUUGUUAUGCAACCUGCAGAGUUAC